ACUCGCCAGUGGGGGAGGGGUUUUAUUUGUACUACAGAACUUUGCGUACAGUCCUGUGUCUGACUAUACUAGCUACCGUUUCAGGGAGGUACAGAAUGGAAAACUCUCUAAGACAACGUAGAGGUCUUCCAAGCUAUUUGUUGUGUCUGUUCUGCAGGUAACUUGACCCCAAUGUGCCAUACCAGUGGAUGACAGAUCUGUGUGAGUGAGGGAUGGAGGACCUGUGGAGUAUAGCGGUUGUGUUGCUGCAGGUGUGGUUCUCCGUGAUGAUAGGGUUCAUCAUGAUACCUGCCAUGUUUGGCCUCUCCCUGGGGGUCACUUCUGUCUACAUUCAGAUCCUGGUCAAAAUACUGGAGUGGGCCACCCUGCGGAUCGAGAGAGGACACAGGGAACGAUCUACACUGCCAGUGCCUGCUCCUCUACCCUUUGGACUCAUCCAGAGGGAGGGGGGCUCCAUGGAACAGGAGAUGGGGGAGCUGCGUCGGUAUCGUACCCAGUCCAUAUCGAGGGGGGAGUUUGCGCUGAGCGACUCGUUCUACUUCUACAUAAAGGGCCUGGAGAGCAUCGUGGACGACCAGGUGACUCAGCGCUUCUCCUCUGAGGAGCUGGUCUCUUGGAACCUCCUGACCCGCACCAACCACAACUUCCACUACAUCAGCCUGCGACUCACCAUCAUCUGGGGACUGGGCGUGAUCAUACGUUACUGUGUCCUUUUCCCUCUCAGGAUAACCCUGGCAAUCAUUGGGUUGACCUGGCUGGUGAUUGGGACAACCUUGGUGGGAUUUCUACCUAACAAGAGAUUGAAGAACUGGCUCAGUGAAUUAGUCCAUCUGAUGUGCUACAGGAUCUGUGCCAGAGGUCUCUCUGCCACCAUUCAAUACCACAACAAAGAGAAUAAACCACAAAAAGGAGGAAUAUGCGUAGCAAACCACACCUCACCUAUUGACAUUGUCAUUUUGGCCAAUGAUGGAUGCUACGCUAUGGUGGGUCAAAGUCACGGUGGGCUGAUGGGGGUCAUCCAGAGGUCAAUGGUGAGGUCCUGCCCCCACGUCUGGUUCGAGAGGUCGGAGAUGAGAGACCGAAAUGCUGUUACCAGUAGAUUGAGGGCUCAUGUUGCAGCUAAAACCAAUCUACCCAUCUUGAUCUUCCCUGAGGGAACCUGCAUCAACAACACAUCGGUCAUGAUGUUCAAGAAGGGAAGCUUUGAGAUUGGAGGGACUAUAUACCCAGUUGCAAUCAAGUAUGACCCUCGUUUUGGAGAUGCCUUCUGGAACAGUGCCAAGUACAACAUGGUGAACUACCUGCUGAGAAUGAUGACCAGCUGGGCCAUCGUGGUCAACGUGUGGUACCUGCCCCCCAUGACCAGGCGGGAAGGGGAAGAUGCUGCUCAGUUUGCCAACAGAGUGAAGUCUGCUAUCGCACAUCAGGGAGGGCUAUUGGACAUGGCGUGGGAUGGGAGUUUGAAGAGAGCCAAGGUGAAAGAGGAGUUUAAAGAGCAGCAACAGAAGAUGUACAGCAGUAUGGUUAUGGGGAAGAAAGGUAGAAACUACCAAGAGCCUCACACAGAGACCACCAGGAGACAGUGACUCUGGAGUUAACACUGUGGACAAAGUAUUUUACACACUACAAUGCAUAUGGACUGGAUUUAUUCCAAAACAAAGGCAUUUGUUUUAUAUUCAUCAUAGUUGUGUGGUGAAUAGAGUUUAGAUUGAUAUCUGAAUCUGAUACACAACACGUAUCAACUUUUAAUGCAUGAAAUGCCUUAUUUUAAAGACUGCGCAAUUACAUAUUUUAUAGAGUCAUAAACAUUUCAAACUUCACUGCAAGUAGUACUAUGGUAUAAAAUCAUCUCUAAUGUUACAGUAAUGCUACGUUUUCUGAUUGCCAUCUAACUAAACUCACCUUAAUCGAAGAAUGUGUUUACAUUGACUCAGAGUUUGUACUAGUAUUAAUAUUGCUUUGUACAGUUUGUGCCUCUUAUGUUACAUUAUGCUCCGCACAAUGCAACCCCAUAUAAACAAUAUAUACAUUCAUGUUUUGGAGGUG